AAGAGUUUUAAUUCGAAAAGACUGAAUUCGAAGUGGUGCAUGAACCACACCUGCACGAAAGCUGAGUACGUGUGGCGCAGGAAAUGUAUCGUGGGGGCCGGAGAUCUGCAUGCACAGCCCCUAAUUCCAGGCACAUCCAUCUAUGCCGACAGCAGGAGGCCUCGAUGACCAUGAUGAAUACUCAAUUGACGUGUUUGCGCACACAUAGGGGCCAAUAUAUAGCCAUAGAGCUCCCCAUGCUAUCCUAAGCUAUACUCGACCCCUCCAAUGCGAUGGAGGUAGCUCUACGACCUGCGCCUAGUGGUACUAUCGCCCAUGGUACCGCGGUGGAAGCCUCCGGGGCAUCUUGCGAGGGCAGCGAGCUCCAAUACUCCUUAGAAGACAUCACCGAGACCGACAGACGUCGCUUCAAUACUACCCAAGUACUGGGCCACGGCGCGUACGCAUGGGUCGAGGAGGUACAAGACCUGGUAAAAGGCGAUACCGUAGCCAUGAAAGUCAUACCCACCCUGAAACGGAAGCGCGAACAGACCAGGAAACGCGUCCAGGAGGAGGUAGAGAUACUCCGAAAGAUAUCAGGACACUGUCACAUCGUACGGCUGCGACACGCAUUUGCGGAGAAACGAGGAUUCUGCAUUCUAGUUGAACCAGUUGCAGAAUGCGAUUUGGCGGCUUUCUACGAGCAUUGCGCUGCGGAGAAGUUCCCGGGAAAGAUGAUACGGGAGAUUCGGAUGUGGUUCUCGUGUUUGGCGCAUGGGUUGGAGUAUAUACAUUCGCAUCGUAUCCGGCAUAAGGACAUUAAGCCUCAAAACAUCCUAGUAAAGGAUGGGAACGUACUCUUCGCCGACUUCGGUCUCGCGAAGGACUUCGCUUCUUCCGACGGCCUGAGCAGUACGACGGAAGGCUACACACAGAAGACGCCAAUGUACGCAGCUCCUGAAGUCCACCAACAAGGAGAAAGAAGGUACUCUGCAGAUAUAUUCUCGCUCGGAUGCGUCUUUGCAGAACUUGCGUGUCUCCUGAGCGGUGAGCCUGUGUCCGCCUUCUACGACUUCCGGGUCAAACCAAAGCCCUACGGUGCCGAGACUCAUUCGUUUCAUGAGACGCUUGAUCUUGUUGACAACUGGCUAGAAAAGAGCACGCUCCGGAUCUAUCAUGUUAUUAUGGACAUGCUUGAAGAAGAAGCCAGCCAGAGACCAACUGCAGCCGAACUCCAAGUACUCAUUUCACAAAACUUCCCUGAUAUGCUCCCGUGCGAUCAUGCUCAGCGUGAGUCAAAACGUGCGACGACGAGACCUGUUCGUCCAGGACAUUACCAAGUGGAUCCUAAACGCCGGAGCAUCAUCCCAUGGCUUCCAGCUGAGUCGGAGCCUGUCACUUGCGUCGUGGCCGUAGAUGACCAGCAUUCUGCAGCCCAAUUCACUGUUGUUGAAAGCAUUAAGAGCUCCAAGGUUGAAUACAAUAAUUUCAACCGAAAAGAACUCUUUGAGCAGCAUCUUCAAAGGACAAAGCCACUCCUGAUCGCUGAAUCACCUUCAAAACCAUCUAUCCAAACUAACAAGAAAGUUCUUUCGACUCCGCCUAAAAUGACUACCUCAAAAGUCAUCGUCCUGCUAGGCGCCGCCGGUGCAGGCAAAUCAGCCCUCGUACGCUCCUUCACAACCGGCCGCUUCUACCAAGACUACGAUCCCACGAUUCAGGACACCGCCUGCAAACCGGUUACCACACGCUCUCUGACUACCCUGCUCCGCAUGGUCGACACAGCUGGUCAGGACGAGUAUGCUGAAUUACGCGAGACCAGCGCGCUCGAUGCCGACGGUUUCGUCAUGGUCUACAGCAUCGAGGACCGUGGGUCCUUCGAGCGCGUGAGUGGACUUGUCGAGGAUGUCCAGCGCGUGUGGGCGUGGGCACAGCAGAAGGGGCGGAAAGAUGAAGGGCGGCUUCCACGGUUCUUGACAGUUGUAGGAGCUAAAGCGGAUUUGAAGGGAGAGCGAUGUGUACGGGUUGAAGAAGGGGAGAAGCUGGCGAAGAGUGUUGGCUGUCGAUUCUUGGAAACUAGUGCGAAGGAGAAUUGGAAUGUUGAUGUUCUCUUCCGUGAUGCUGUGGAGAGGUUGGUGGAGGGGAGUGGCUGAAUUAUGAAAGAGCGCUGGGAUCAGCUUGAAAUGCUGAUGCACUCCGGCCUCUACUUCGCUAUGCUACGGCUCUACCUCACGCCUAGGCUCGAAGUAUCUACGUUUUCGAAACGCCAGUAACGUUCAUACAGACCUACUCCAGCGACGGAUUUGGUGGUCAACUGUAAAACAACUAUCUUUCAAGCUUCAGUACCGAGUCGAACUUGGCUUUUAGGAACUGUUGGAAA